AUGGAAUUGGCUAUUACAAAUGAGAACACAAGUGCAGGUUCGUUUAGGACAAUACAGUUACUUGAUAUGCCAGCGUCUCUUGUCAUAGAGGAAUAUCAAAGUGAAAUAAUAACUGAAGAUACACAAAGUAUUAUCGAAGAAGGACAAGUGUAUCAAGACAAGCAAACAAUUGCAACUGCAAUGAGGCAUUAUUCUGUCAUGCACAAGUUCCAAUUCAGGGUUAAAAGAUCUAGCCACAGAAGCUACUGGCUUAUAUGCGUUGCAGAAAACUGUAAUUGGCACUUCAAGGCAACAUCAAUUAAUGAUUCUGCAAUGUUCAAGAUCAGGAGUUUCAAUCGACAACACACAUGCACCUUAAUGGACGAUACAUUCAUACAACGCAAACGUACUGCAGUUGUAGUUGGUAGCAUGGUCAUGCCAAAGUAUUGUGAUCCCAAGACAGUUUACAAACCAAAGGACAUACAAACUGACAUGUUGUCCCAACACGGAGUGAACCUAAGCUACAUGCAAGCAUGGAGGGCAAAGGAAAAGGCUUUACAGUUAUUGAGAGGUCAUCCGGCUGACUCCUACAACAAAUUACCAAAAUAUUUUUAUAUUCUUGAGAAGACGUAUCCUGGUUCAGUUGUUAAAUUGAAGCAAACAACAGAUGAAUGCUUCUUAUAUGCAUUUGUUGAUCUUUGUACAUCAAUAAGUGGUUGGGAAUAUUGUAGACCAGUAGUAGUGGUUGAUGGACAUUCUUAA